AUGUCUGUACGAUCUUGUUUUACGCUUGAUGGACAAGAAAUUAAUCAAGAAAUUAGAAGAGAAACUGCAUCAGAGGCUGAUGGCAGAGAAACUUUAGUGAGACGAAGUUCAAGACUAAAGGUACUCAAUAAAGGGAGAAAUCUAGGAGAAGAUUUCGCUGAGAAAGCAAAUGCGUUGUUUAGAUCUCGAGCAGGACAUAUUAGUACUUUAACGAGAAUACAAGGUGACAUUGAAACAAUUAUGUGUGCAUGUGAGGAGACGAAUGAAAUUAUGUCGAGAAAGGCAAAGUAUGAUGAUGCUUGGCGAAAGUUUGUAAACGCUCAUGAACAAUAUAUUGAAUAUAUAAUUUCAAAGGAAGAAAAAGAAAAGGCACUUCUGAGUUAA